AUGAGACUACAUAAGUACGUGGUACCAACGCUGUUAGUAACCGUGAGUUUGGCUCAGUGUGUCUACAGUAGAGUAAACUACUCUUUAAUUGAAGCGAAUAUUCCGGAAGAUGGAAGGCUGAAUUUCACACAACUAGCCUUAAAGUACGGCCAGAAGUGCGAGGAGCAUGACGUGGUCACCGAGGACGGCUAUAUUCUGACGAUUUUCAAUAUUCCCGGCAACAAAUCUCGACCGAUCCUCCUGAUGCAUGGACUCCUCGACUCUGCGGAUACAUUUAUAAUACGAGGCAAGAGUUCUCUAGCUAUCGCUUUGGCUGCCGACGGAUACGACGUUUGGUUCGGGAAUUGCCGCGGAAACAAAUACGGCAGGCGACACACUUCUUUGGACCCAGAUAAGGAUAAAAAAAAGUUUUGGGAUUUCAGUUUCCACGAGUUUGGUGUAUACGACGCACCUGCCACGAUAGACUACGUUCUUAAUUUGACGAAUCUGACCAAGUUACCGGUCAUCGGGCAUUCCCAAGGCAACUUAAUGUUCUACGUGCUAGGAUCGGACAGACCAGAAUAUAACGAUAAAAUUGAAAUAAUGAUUGCACUGGCUCCCAUCUGUCAUCUGAAUCAUGUGAAAGGGUUAUCCGCUGUGAUUGCGGCAGUGUGGCCAACGGUCAGCGAUUUCUUGGCAUUGCUCGGCAUUGAAGAAAUAUUUCGCUCUGAUUCCAUCAUUCCGAACGGGGUGACCAAAGUGAUAUGUACUCAAAGUCUUGGCUACGACUUAUGUGCCAAAGGUGCUGUGUUCCCGGUGACGGGUAACGAUCCAGACGAGCUGGAGCCGGAGUUCUUCCCCGUGGUCAUCGGGCACUUCCCGGCGGGCACGUCGCGCAAGGAUGCGGACCACCAGUCUCAGCUCGCAUCCAAAAAGAACUUUGCACAUUUUGAUUACGGUGUAGUCAAGAAUGUCAUCAAGUAUCGUUCCCCGCUUCCCCCCGUCUAUGACUUAAAUAAAGUAUCUAUGCCCAUAGCAAUAUUUGCAGGCAAAAACGAUUAUAUUUCCGAUUUGGAGGACGUUGAGCGCCUGCGGAGUCAGUUGCCCAACGUCGUAUACUAUCAUGUUAUGGAGCGCGACCUCAUGAAUCACAUAGAUUUCGUAUGGGGUAAAAAUAUGGGUCAUUAUUUAUUCCCUCUCAUAUUCGACGUGCUUAAAGAAUAUAGAAAAUGCGAAGAACAUGCCGUCAUCACAGAAGAUGGAUACAUCCUCACAGUGUUCAAUGUCAAAGGUGACAAGUCCAAGCCUGUACUCUUGAUGCACGGCAUCGUCGACAGUUCGGACACAUUCAUAUUUAUUCCAAUACUGGCCGGGCACUAUCCUGAUGCUGUGUCUACAAAGAAUGGGGACCACUUGGCGCAGGUAGCUGUUAAGAGAAGGUUUUGCAAAUUCGAUUACGGUUUGGUGGGGAAUUAUCGAGUUUAUGGUUCAGCGGAGCCGCCUGACUAUCAGUUGGGGAACGUCCGCCUGCCCGUGGCGCUACUAGUGGGGAAGAAUGACGACCUGGCCACUGUGCAGGACGUGGCGCAGUUACGCGCGCGCCUGCCUAACGUGGUGCUCUACCACGAGAUGGAAAGGGCCCUCUUCAACCACAUCGAUUUCGUUUUGGGAAACAAUAUGGGGGAAAACUUGUUCACCUUAAGGCCAUGA